UUUUUUUUUUUAAAGUGGAUGCUGCCAUCUUGUGGCUAAGGAAUAAUAUUUCCCUCGUCACCCAAACGUUUUCCUUAACAUGGAUAUUGCACUUGAGUAACUAUGAGCUUUUAAACAGUUCUGGUUUCUUCUAAGGUUUUGAAGUAAAAAACUAAGUUCUACAAGUUUCUGUUUUGCAUUUUGUGUAAAUGUGACUUCUAACCUGCAGCGUAAACUUCAGGUCACACGUGAUUAUCAGGUAUUUCGACUUCCCAGGUGAAGCAGGGCAGGAGAAAGAGGCGGAGUCCUCAGAUCCCUUAGCUGAGUCACCACUUUGGUUGAUUGGAGAAUCCUCCUCUCCGGCUUUGUGCUUCCCUGCGACUCCCAACAGACAAACCCAGCUCUCCACAGGACUAGUAGGACGAGUGUGAACAGACACCUGGGAUGACUGAAUCAUUCCUCAAAGCAGUGGAGGAGUCGAAGGUCCUGAAGACGAAGCCUGGAAAAGAUGAGCUCACUGAACUCUACGGUUUAUACAAGCAGUCCACUGUCGGUGACGUCGACCACGAGCGUCCCGGGAUUCUCGACUUCGUAGGAAAAUUAAAGUGGGAUGCAUGGAUUGUUCAUAAAGGGAUGACCAAAGAAGAAGCCAUGGCCGCCUAUGUUGCUGCCGUGGAGAAGCUAAAGGAGAAAUAUGGAAUUUAGCCCUUUCCUCUUCUCUCGUCGUGUUUUAUGUUUGCUGUGAUAUCUCCUGUGUUUUCUCAGUAAACUGGAGGCCGCCCUGAAAGACUGAUUUUACAAACUGCUGCAGUUUAUUCAUGUGUGAAAAUUAAUUUGUUUAAAUACCAAGAGAACAAAACUGAAGAUGCAUGUUUUUUUGAGGAAUAGUUGAACAUUUAAGGAACACUCUUACCUCGCUUAAGGUUUAUUUGUGAGUCAGUUUCAGCCAACAGGCAGCAGUGAGGUUUUAAAUAAGCAGUGAAGUGUCAACAGAACAAUCUGGUCGGGUUAGUUGUUUUCCAUCCGGCUCCACUCUCUGUUGUGUUUCCUUAAAUGUAAAUCGAGUCCUCGAAGUGCUAAUGCAGUGUUUCUGUAGAUUUUCAUGUAUAAACGGUUCACGAGCAGCUGUUCACAGAGAUGCUGCCUUUGAAAAAUAAAGACUUGAUCUCUGGGCCUCA